UCCCGUCUCUCUUACUCAGUAAUUCAUUGACUGAACUACGGUGAACUUGUGUAGUCUGUACCGGCUAGAACUGUCAAAUAGUCAAAUCAAUUCGGCUGUCAAAAAAAAGAUUUUCAUGUUUCAGUAAAUGAAAAUAUUAUUUUCCUGUAAAUAAUAAUUGUAAAAAGGGUUCUUAGUGCUAUUUAUUUUAUUUAUUAAAGAUGAGUGACGGUGUGAAUAAAAGUAAUAAUAAAAAGGAGGUUCGCGUCUGGUGCGACGGAUGCUACGAUAUGGUACACUUCGGUCAUGCAAAUUCUUUGAGACAAGCGAAAGCUCUGGGAGACAUGCUCAUUGUAGGAGUUCACACAGACGAAGAGAUAACUAAACAUAAGGGGCCGCCAGUAUUCACCCAGGAAGAGCGGUACAAAAUGGUGCGUGCAAUCAAAUGGGUUGACCAGGUGGUGGAGGGAGCACCGUAUGUGACUACGCUAGAGACGUUAGACAAGUACCAAUGUGAUUUUUGUGUGCAUGGAGAUGACAUCACAGUUACAGCAGACGGAAUUGAUACAUAUCAUUUAGUUAAAGAAGCUGGUCGAUAUAGGGAAGUAAAAAGAACUGCUGGUGUGUCCACAACAGAUUUAGUUGGAAGGAUGUUGCUGCUAACCAGAGAACAUUUUAAGAGAGGUGACAAGGAGUAUACGGUGGCGUUGGAACACUCGUCCAACCUCGGCACGGACUCCACGGCGCGGUCACCGUACACCGGCUGCUCCCAGUUCCUGCCCACCACGCAGAAGAUCAUACAGUUCAGCAGCGGCCUGUCACCCAAACCUACUGAUAGAGUGGUAUACGUAGCGGGCGCUUUCGACCUCUUCCACGUCGGUCAUCUUGAUUUCCUGGAGGCUGCGCACGCGCAGGGCGACUUCCUCAUAGUAGGGUUACACACCGACCUCGAGGUCAACCGGUACAAGGGCUCCAACUACCCCAUAAUGAACCUCCACGAGCGAGUGCUGUCCGUGCUCGCGUGUAAGUACGUGCACGAGGUAGUGAUCGGCGCGCCGUACGAGGUGACCGCGGAGCUGAUGGAACACUUCAGGGUGGGCGUGGUCUGCCACGGCCGCACCCACAUCGCUGCCGGCGCCGACCACCGCGACCCCUACAUCGUGCCCAAGCAGCGGGGCUGCUUCAAGAUCCUUGACUCCGGCAACAAUAUGACAACUGAGGACAUAGUGCAGCGAAUAAUACGCCAUCGCCUUGAAUUUGAAGAGAGAAACAAUAAGAAGGAGCAAAAAGAAAUAUCUAUCAUGAAGUCCGCACAGAAGAAUCAUCUGAAACAGAACGGCAACUGCGACGUCAAAGUGUUUCCAGGAUAAUUUUAGUCUUUAUUAAUAUAAAAAUAUUAAUCUAAAUUAGCCAUAGAAAAUGUUUAGCCAAAUUACGUGUAAUUCUCGUAGUCAUUUCUGUGUUUUUGCAGGAGUGCAAAGCGCCCUUAAUGGAAAACAUUAGCAACUAAUUUCCCAUACAAAUUGGGCCUUAGAAAAAUAAAAAUAGUGAAUAACUAUACAGUUAUACACGUUUUAUAUGAAACGUCACAUCACAGACAAAAAAGGAGGAUUGUCGUUAACAUGCUCAGGGUGAGAAUUGACAAAAAUCAUGCUGUCUCACUCGCUCGCGAUCGAGCACACAAUUAUUCUGCGGAUUGAACAAAAAUAAUUACGAGAAUUGCCCCUCUGUUACAGUUAAAUGAUUAUAAUUGAUGUAGUGUAAUUUAAAUUUAAUUAUUAUGUAAAUGUUAUAAUAUAAAGGCACAAGCUAUAUCUCCAACAACAUUCACUCCUGUACCAGAUCAAAUCGUAAGUCUUCAAGUAGUUUGAUCGUAGCAAACAUUGUUAAAGCAUCUUGCGCCAAAAUACCAUUGUAGUUU